AUGGUUCCAACACCCCCAAAGAUGCAAUCCUUGGAUGAUGUCAAGACCCGUAUUAUGGAUGAGACCAUGGCAGAGUUGGCAUUACUUGCACACUAUCUUGGCUACGGAUGGUGCGCGAGCUGCCGCGCCCAGUUCGUAGGAGAGGACUUCAGACGAAACGGGGACAGCUGGGAAGCGGACAGGAAAGGCCCGUGCAAGGGCUACAUGAAUCAUCACAGGCUCAAGAUGCACUACAGAGACUUCAAGUUUGGCGUCAAGAACAUCGUCUACGUGGAAAGCACGCGUACCGUCACACACACGACAACCAGCUCGUGGAAAAAGACACAUGGAGUCGGUAUCGAGUUAAGCUACACCCCUCCCGAUGCAACAGGAGGGGCGGGAGUAAAAUCGUCGUACAAUUUCAACUACGAGAAGUCGUGGACCCAGACGGACAGCACUGCAAAUACGCAGAAGUACACGAGCACAGUCACAUCGACAAAGACGCUCAAACCCUUCACAGCUGCUCAGUAUCGUAUUAUGCUGACAAAGACGAGAACCACCGUACCGUACACCGCGACCAUUAUCGUGCACUUCUCGGCAGAGCUGGACGGAUUCUUGAGGUGGGGAGGAGGAAAAGACGGAGACUCUACCAACUACCAUUACGAGCACCGCGGCUCAAAUAGAAGACCAACCUUCAAGUACAAAUUCGGCGACUCGUCAACUCCGUUCUACAGCGCCCUAAAGAAACAAAGUGACCGAAGUAUGCGACCAUGGGAAUGGCAUGAGAUGAAAGCGAGAUAUUCUAAUGCACAACCCCUGAUCAAUGCUCUCACCGACGAGAGCAAGUAUGAAUUUACCUUGACUGGGCAAUUUGAGGACGUGAUUGGCCACCAUGUAGAUAUACAUUGGAGUACCACAUCGUUAAAAGUACCGCGUGGAUUCGAGGAAACCCUUGCUGAGACGCAUUUCCCAAAGAUCAAAGGCACUUCCCCCAAACGUGUCUUCCCCAAGUCACCAAAGGGUCGUCUCUCGAUGUCGAAACCUCACAUUCUCCCGCUGCUUCUUAAUAUCAAUUACGAUGACCCUGAUAACAACGUAGAUGGGAACACGACCGAUCCACCGAGAGUGUUUCCCGAGCCUCCAAAAGUGGACAUCUCCAUAAAAGAACCACAAAAAAUCCCGCAUGUUCCCAACGUGGAUGACGAAAGCGAGCUUAACGAGUGAGAAGCACGCGUACACGCCAAUGACGACUUGACGCCAAUGACGACUUGACGCCAAUGACGAUUUGACGCCAAUGACGACUUGACGCCAAAUUGAUGUGUAAGGGUAGGAUAUGAAAGGGCAACAUUUGACAAUAAAACGAGCAUUUAAAAAA